GAAAAAUGACUGGUCGCGGUAAAGGAGGAAAAGGACUCGGAAAGGGAGGCGCCAAGCGUCAUCGCAAGGUUCUCCGUGAUAACAUCCAGGGCAUUACAAAGCCCGCUAUCCGUCGUCUGGCUCGUCGUGGAGGUGUCAAGCGUAUUUCUGGUUUGAUAUAUGAGGAAACCCGUGGCGUACUGAAGGUUUUCCUGGAAAACGUCAUUCGUGACGCUGUGACCUAUACCGAACACGCCAAGCGAAAGACCGUCACCGCCAUGGACGUUGUCUAUGCUCUUAAGCGUCAGGGACGCACAUUGUACGGAUUCGGAGGCUAAACGAUUAUUUGACCCAUAUGCAACAAACGGCCCUUAUAAGGGCCACAAAUACUAUGCAUGAAGGAGUGAUUGAAAUAUUUUUUGUUGAAUUUUUUACAUUUAAACCAGUUAUUAGUGAAUAGAGACUGAUUUGCCUGAAUUCGCUAAAAGAACAGAAAUGAAAUAAAUCAAGCGAUAGAGCAACUUCGUUGUGGUCUUGCCUUAAAUGACGUCAGGCAAUACAAUCAAGUUUUUUUAACCUCCCGGUGGGAGUAGUGCAUUACUUUCAGGAUGACGUUUUUGUUUUUUUGCUACGUAAGAUUAGUUGAUUGAAAAAAAAACGGGUAAAUCAUUCGCGAUUUUUCUAUAUUCUUUAGUAUUAGUACUAGAAAAAACAAAAUGGCCGCUCUUGAAGAUAAACUUACUAAAAGGCUGACCCCGUCAAAACCCCAACAGAGAAAAGUAGUAUUUCAUUCUCGUUUAGUAUAUCUGUACACGUUUCUGUUAAAAAUGAUUAUUUAAGCUGCUCUGCACUUCUGGUUUAGAAUGAUUUACAUUUUCGUGCAACUGUAAUUUACAAUCACCAUUAAUAAU